AUGCCAGGCAGGACGAGGCCCAUCGAGAAGUUCGCCGAAGCAACGGCCAAAUGCUCAGCGGAGGGUGCGGUGUAUGGAAAGUGCGUGGCAAUGAAUUAUCAGAACGUCAAGAAGGACCUGUGUGCGAGAGAAUUCAUGGCACUGAAAGACUGCUACAUUGUAUGCCAAACCUAUCGCAUCGUCUGA